UUGGUAGAGCUGCACGAGCAGCUCAGUCUGUUCCUCAUACAUCGGGGUCGAAGAGUUAUGCACGACUCCGACAGGAGUUUGAGGAUGAGCAUGGGAGGGAACCCGGACAAGUGGAGUUUUACCGGAUGACUCAUACUCAUCAGGAUGGUACUUUUGUUCGAGAUGAGUCGAGAGAUUUAUAUGAGAGGGCUACAUCUCUCAUUGUGGAGCGUGACGACGAGUCCGCAGCAUCUACGCAGCAGAGCCGUAUCGAGGUCGAGGUGUUCACAGAAUUGAUGGGACCAGAGCGCUACGGUCGAGUGAGGGGUUAUGGAGUAUGAGUCACCCCCACUCAGUUAUCUGAGGUUAGUAGAUAUACGCAGCAUGCUGCAGCAGAUGCUCAGGAUUCAUGCGUUCGCAGACUCGAGGUGGAGAUACAGGAGAUUAGACAGAGUCGUACCGCUGAGAUGGAGGAGAUGCGACAGAGCCGUGCCGAGAUGCAGGCCAUGAGGGGACAGAUUGAUCGCCUUACAUCUUUAUUAGAGAUGUAUGGUUCAUCUCAGGCUCCUGGCACAUCAGGCAUCCGUCGAGAUAGCGGCACGUCACGUGGAGACAACGACGACCAUCCGCCUGCAGAUUGAUAUUAUUUUAUUUUUAUUAUAUUUUUAUAUUUAUUUAUAUUACUCUUGAUUGUAAUGGAUGAUUAGUACUUUAUUUUUAUUUAUAUAAAAUAUUAUCUUUUGGUUUGGUUAAA